AUGAAUAGUAGAAUUAGACGUGAGGCUUUAGAGCAUGUUGUUGGUGAGGGUGAUAGAAAUUGUAUCUGGGAGUUGAGAAUGAACACAAAUGCCUUUGCUAAUUUGUGUAAUUUGCUCCAAGUUCAAGGAGGACUUACAGAGGAUGGUCAUGUAAGCCUGCCGGAGCAGGGUUGCUUGGGAGUAUUAGAUGACACUUAUAUAGGGGUGACAGUCCCCGAGUAUGAGAAGGCAAGAUACCGAACAAGAAAGGGUAAAAUCUGCACCAAUGUCUUCGGAGUGUGUAACCGGGAGGUGGGUUUUGUCUAUGUACUCAGUGGAUGGGAGGGAUCGGCAUCUGAUUCACGGGUACUUCGAGAUGUAAUAACUCGUCGUAAUAGUCUCAAGAUACCCCACGGUAAUUACUAUUUAGUUGAUGCUGGUUACACAAAUAGUCCGGGGUUUCUCGCACCGUAUAGAGGCACUCGAUAUCAUGUAAGAGAGUGGGCCCAGGGAGCACGUACACUGCACAACUACCAAGAAUAUUUUAAUAGGGUUCAUUCUUUCGCAAGGAAUAUCAUUGAGCGAUGCCUUGGUUUGCUGAAGAAGAGGUGGUCCAUCUUAAGAAGCCCUAGCUUUUACCCUAUAAAGACACAAUCUCAGAUAAUUAUUGCCUGUUGUUUGCUGCAAAAUUUUAUUCGAAAGAGUAUGGAGAUAGAUUCAGAGGAGGAAGGUAGCAUAUUGGAUGAAUUUAUGCCUGAUGGAGACGAAGAACAGGAUGGAAUGAUUGAUGUGGUAAAAAUGGAGAAUAAGCGAAUGUUGAGUGAUGAAGAGACUAACGCUUUUGUUGGCUUUAUGGAGGAGGUUGUCGUAGACGGUCAGAGGGCUGAUUGUGGGUAG